CUGCAGUGCAGGUCUAGUGUUUGUAUAGUAUUCGACGGUCUGUAGAACUGUGGUGGUGGUCAGUGAGUGAGUGUGCUUCGACCGUCAAACGCAGUUUUAAUACAUGUGCCGGGAAAACGUUCUGUCACCGGCAAUCGGGACUAUGUGCCAAGAAUUGAAAAUGAAAACCAAAAGGAAAUGUUACAGAAAAUCCCCGUUGCCGAUGCCCAAAGAGAUGAGAGAGAGGAGCAGGAAUGCGGCAAGGACACGUAGGGAAAACGAGAACGCCGAAUUCCUAGAGUUGGCCAAACUCUUGCCAUUACCGGCGGCCAUUACUAGCCAAUUAGAUAAAGCUUCAGUCAUCCGGUUGACCACUAGCUACUUAAAAAUGAGACACGUCUUCCCUAACGGCUUAGGUGACGCUUGGGGUGCAGCGACUCCAGUAAAUCAUGCGAAAGAAGCUUGCAUUAAAGAGCUCGGGUCAUAUCUACUACAGAGUCUUGAUGGUUUUAUAUUCGUCGUAGGCGGCGAUGGGAAGAUUAUGUAUAUAUCUGAAACAGCAUCUGUUCACUUGGGGUUAUCGCAGGUGGAAUUGACUGGCAACAGUAUAUUUGAAUAUAUCCAUCAAGCUGAUCAUGAUGAAAUGAUAUCAGUGCUUAGUCCACCUCUUCCUCAAAAUCUUCCAGCGGAGAAUAUGAUGAUGAAUUCAACCGUAUUUGAACUUCAACGUGUAUUUUUUUUACGAAUGAAAUGUGUAUUGGCAAAACGGAACGCAGGGCUUACCACAGGAGGAUACAAGGUUAUACACUGUUCUGGUUACCUUAAAGUGAGACAAUACCCUGCCGGAAUGCCCGGAAUAGAAACCGUUGGCCUAGUAGCAGUUGGUCAUUCGUUACCUCCACACGCCAUCACAGAGAUUAAAUUGCAUUCGAAUAUGUUUAUGUUCCGUGCGAGUUUGGACUUGAAACUCAUAUUUUUAGAUGCCAGAGUAUCGCAGCUGACAGGAUACGAACCUCAAGACUUAAUUGAAAAGACACUCUACCAUUACAUACACGGCAAUGAUAUUCAUAACAUGAAACUCUCUCAUCACACACUGUUAUUGAAAGGCCAAGUAACAACAAAGUACUAUAGGCUAUUGGCCAAAGACGGUGGUUGGGUAUGGGUUCAAAGUUACGCCACCAUAGUCCAUAAUAGUAGAUCUUCGAGGCCCCAUUGUAUAGUUAGCGUAAAUUAUGUACUGAGUGAGUCCGAGAUGAAAGACGUCUGCCUGUCUGUGUGUAAUAACGGUUGCGCGACGUCACAGAACGGCAAUGAAGACACAGCAAUCCAAAACAAACCCAGCAAAGCGCAACAAAACCAAAGACAAUCGAAUCAAAAUCACAGGUACCACAGACCACCAGUGGUGACCGACGAAGAAUACAGUGAUUCCAGUGGUGGACUUUUCAACGACUACGUGAGCAGUAAUAGCGAACCGCAAUCGCUGGUCAACGGCCCCGUCGGCGGCGGUGACGGCACCGGCCACCAUCACCCGUCCCACCUGAACAUGAUGCAGGCGUCCAACAUAUUGUACGCGGCGGAUGAGUACAUCUACCCAGAACUGUUUUACCCGUACGACCAGACGUGCACGCGGCCGUUCAGCUCUGCGUCCAGCUGCUCCAGUUCGAACGAAAGCGAUAGGCUGCAGCUGGCGCAUCAAGCCGGCGGCGGCGGUUACACGCCGCCCGCGGCCAUGCUCAUGACCGCCACCGGCCACCACGACGACCAUCACGCCGCGGCCGCGUACCAGGCGCUCACGCCAAUCGGCGCCUCCGCGCCCGCGACCGCCGUCGGCCACCACCACGGCGUCAUCGUCGACACCCAACACUACACCGCCGUCAACGAGUACGUCCACUGAUCGCCCGCCGCCGGACGUACUCGCGUAUCACGUCAUGACACGGAGUAGCUGUACUUUUGUCGCGGCAAAAUUCCAACGCGGAACGACCGCGGUUAUACUAUACAUACUAGGAUAUUUAUAUACGUAUAUGUGUGUACAUAUAAAUUAGUGUAUAGAUUAUAAUAGUGUAAUAAUAGUUAUGAUAUAUUUUAAAUGUACAGUGAAAUCUCUUAGUACCGGACACCGUCGGUUGUUGACAUUUUCUCCGCUUUUCGGAGGUGUUCGCUAUUUAAAAAUGUCCGUUAGGGAAGGUUUCGUUGUGUAUGUACGAGUAGAGCGAUGGCGUGUAUAAGUGUAUAAAAACCGCUAUAUAUAUAUAUCAGACGCCCUUGUACAUAAUAUUAUGAAAUUGUGUGUUAUACUCGGGAUAUUGCUCGAUCUGACACAGACCACGGGGUGGGUUGUCAUCAAUAAAUUGCGUGCUGUACGACCUUCGGCAAGGGGGUUGAUGGUUCAAAUGAGGACUGUGCGACUGUUCGCCGAAUACAUAUAUUGUAUUAUGUUCACGGCUGUAUACUAUAUAAAGCUCGACGACUACGAGUCGGUUCCAAUCAUCGAAUUUGUUUCCCUAGUGGUCUAUAGGCAACGUACGAAUUGGUUCUGAUGAAAAAUUAAUUUUAUUUUUCAAAUUAUUAUGUCAUACGUGUAUAUUCGACCAACAACAAUUUAUUCCAUUCCAUUAUACGUGGACUUUUAUGACUUAUAUAGUCUUGUAUAGUCGGGUGUGGUUGCUAGUCACUUAAAUUACAAUAAAUAUACGUGUGACUCGUACACAGCCAAAACCCGCUCGUGGGUUUAAAUGGAUUUUAUAAAAUUUAUUAUGUCUGACGAAUAAUGUGUCCGGAAUCCGGAUUAUAUGCGCGUCGAAGUCAAUAAUAUCUACACUCCCGUCGUACACAGCGCAUAUCGGCUACACAGUGUAUUCGAAAACGGCUUAAACUUUUUAGUUGGACCGUUUCAAAACACUCAAUAGGCGCUACUCUGUAUACGCGCGUGCUGUAGGUAUAUUAAAAUAAUAUAAUUUAUAGUAAAUUUUAACUGUACAUAAUGUCUUUGCAAUGACAAUUUUACGUCAUGAUUAUAAUAAUAUUUAUAAAUAAGUAGAUUUAUACUUAUUAUUCCUGUUAACUCUGUAGAAUAUUUAUUUAUUAUUUAUUUGUACAUUUUAUGAUAAUUUUACCUAUAUAAUUUAUUAAUA